GUCGCUGAUGUAAACACAGAAGGCGAUUCUCAUCAGGUAAAUCGCAAGGCCGUAACGUCGAGGCGACUUUUAUAAACCAUUCUUAAUCAUCUAUGCAACGCCUCGGUGGCGGUUAUUGGUAGCCAUGGACUUUUACAUCAGUCUAAAGGUGAAUUUCAGAGGAAACGCGAAGAGUUUUUUGCUGUCCGGAUCCGAGACGAAGAGUUGGGAGUCUAUGGAGGCCAUGGUAAAGAGGUCUUUCGGUUUAUGCAGUCUACAGUUGACAUACUUUGAUGAGGAAAAUGAAGAGGUAUCAGUCAACAGCCAGUUGGAGUACGAAGAGGCUCUUAAGAGUGCAGCAAGACAGGGAAACAGGCUGCAGAUGAACGUUUAUGAGACCAGGGGCACCACUGGCAGAGUGCCCGGACCGGGACCGGGCCCGAGUCUGGGCCAGACCAAAGCAGGAACUCUGGCAGAGCCCAAGAAGGGCUUCCGCCCACCCCAGCACUGCCCAACGCUGGCACAGGUGGUGAGCCGAAAGGUUCAGGCAGCUGUGCCUGAGGAGGGUUCGGUGACUCUUAAUGAGCUUAAGGGCAGUAAAGUGGAGGACAAGACGCCUCCUGCCUGGUUCACUUCAUACAUGGAAAAGUUCAAGGACCAGGUUGUCCGGGAGGCAGUGGAGAAGAUCUGUAGGGAGUUUUCAGGCCAGUGCUGUAUCCACAAGCCUGUGGGAGCUGAAACCCAGGUCCCUGAGGUGACGUCCUCCACCCUGCCAGGAGCCCCCAGCUCUGCCCCGGCCUGCAGCAGCUGCCGUGGGCAGACUGCAGGUGGAGGCUACCAAUGCAGUGUGUGCACGUCCUGCACUCUAUGUGAGCCUUGUAGCUUCUCACACGACCCCAGCCACAACCUGGUGCGGGCCAGAACCCCUCUGUCCAUCCCUGAACAUGGUUCGCCAGCUCCGGAUCACAGCAGGUUCUACAGGCGGGGGGACCGGAGCUUCCGCAAGGCGGAGAAGCAGCGUUUGAAGGCGGAGAAGCGGCAGCUGAAGGCGGAGGUGAAGGAGAUCAGGAAGCAGCUGCGGAUGGAGCGGAGGGGGCUGCAGUGGGGCCCCAGCGGAGACGGCAGCUCCUCCCCGGUCCUGCUACAGCCGCGUGCCACGCAAGCCAGCAGCCCAGAGCGUCCGAAGCGCCCGUGUCCCCUCGCUGUGCCCGCCAUGACAGCACUGCUGCUAGACGAGAACCUGCCUGAUGGGUCACGCCUGCGUCCAGGGGUCAAGUUCAUCAAGUACUGGAAGAUGAAGAACAGUGGCAGAAUGUGCUGGAACUCGGAGACCAAACUCAAGUUCAUGUGGGGUAACCUGGCCGUGGGCUCAGGUGAGAGCUGGAGGGAGGUCCCUGUACCCAUGCUGCAGUCCGGCCAGGUGGGCGUGAUCAGUGUGGCCCUCUGUGCUCCGACCGUGGAGGGCACCUACACCUCCCACUGGCGCCUGGCACACAGAGGGGAGCAGUUUGGGCCGCGGGUGUGGUGCAGCAUCGUCGUGGACCCACACGCUCCUACAGCCAUCUCCGCUGAUGGCCUGCUCAUCUCUCCUUGUGCCACUCCUCAAGAGAAAUCAGCCCGUACCUUAGAGAGAGAAGAGAAGUGUCGAGCUGCAACCAGGGAACAGCUGCUCAUUACAGUAGACCAGGACUGUGAGCAGGAAUUCUACAUUCCUUCAGUGGACCUCCUCACAGCCCAGGACUUGCUGUCAUUUGAGCUGCUGGACAUCAACAUUGUACAGGAGCUGGAGAGUGUACCAAACAAUACCCCAGCUGAUCUUACUCCAUGCAUCUCCCCUCUGCCCCAAGAUGCACUGCUUCAGGAAAAGGACCCUCUAGGGCUGGUCCAAGAAGAGGCAGAAGCCCAAGGAGUCAGUAGUAUUCUGGAUGUUACCCAGGGGCCUGAGUUGGGAGGGGUACCAGCGCAGGAGAAGGGAGAAGAGGACAUCAUUGGGCCUCGGUUUGCAAGCGAAUCUGUGAUUCGUUCUCUCACCUUGGGGGAGGUGCUAGACCCCAGCAUACUUCACGGGAGAUGCCCUAACAAAGUGUUGCGCCCAGCACCCCAAGGCUCAGUGUCCCUUUGUGACUGGAAGUUGGAGAAGGUGGAGAAAGUGACGGACAGCAGGGAGGUCCCUGUCCUAGAACCACAUAAAGCAGACAGCGGAGGUGUCCACAUCACCCCACCUCACGCACCCACUGAGAGAACCCCAGCACCUACCCCACCCUUGACUGGACCUGGUGAUCAGCUCACCAACGAUGAAGGGAGCGAGUCAGACAUUGAGCGAAUCUUGGUGGACCCGGCUGGUGGCGAGCGGUUUGAGGAAGAGGAGUCGGGGGAGAAGAAAAAGAAGAAGAAGAAAGAGAAGAAAAGUGGGGAAGAGGAGGGAGCGAAAGACGGGGAGGAAGAGGAGGAGAGCCGCAGCCGCACCUCCUCUGCCUCCUCCGAAGAUUACAUCAUCAUCCUGCCGGACUGCUUUGACACAAGCCGACCGCUGGGGGAGUCCAUGUACAGCUCCGCCCUCUCCCAGCCCGGUGAUGAUGAGCCUGUCGGAAUGGACCAGCCCGACCCGACCCUGACCCCGACCCUGACCCCGGAGCUCUGCUCAGCAGGCGACAUGCACACGAGUAUCAAUGCUAAUGACAUGCUCUGUGCAUCACAGACGCUGGACUCUGUGCCCCUCAUUCCUGUGGUUGUAGUUACACCCAGGGCCUUGGACAAGUCCAGCUCCAAGCCAGAGGAGGAGGCAGAACCAAUAGAGACUCUACAGGAUGCAGAAUCACAGAAGCUAGAGGAGAAAGAUGGCCAGGAACCUCAUGAGCCUGUGUCUGGUCUGUCUGAGCCUGGAAGCUCAUGUACAACUGCUAAUUCUGAGAUCCAGGAGCUCAGGGCCAACAGUAUCACCGGAGGCCUGGUGAAAGGGGCUCUCUCUGUGGCAGCCUCAGCCUAUAAAGCCCUCUUUACUGGGCAGCCAGGCCCUUCCCAGCUCCCUGAGGAAGCAGCCACUCAGGACGCUAUGAUGGCGGUGCUAGUGGAGAUGGGCUUCGGUGACAGGGCGCUGAACCAGCGGCUGCUGCAGAAACACGGGCGCAACCUGCUCGACGUGGUCAACGAGCUAGUGCACACGCAGGACAACGACUGUUUGCAGAAAGAAGAGGACGUUGCAGUUAGACUGAACUGUGUCUGAACCGCCAAGACUGCCUGUACUCUGACCAUACUCUAAGGCUGGGAAGAGAUGUGUGGGUAGCCUGCAGGUAGAUUGCUGAUGGCACUCAGCCAGCCAUCUUGACGAAGUCUGCAUGACUUUUAGGAAUGUAUAGCGCAGUCUGCUUUUAUGUUGCUUGUGGGAAAAAAAAGCACUUUGGGAUGAACCUCGUCAGUCUUGUGACAUUUCCUGAUCACCAUUUCUAAUACUCAUUACAUUCCUAAUAAUGGUUUCAUAUCAAACAGGGUUCUACAGGUGUGUUGGCUGCAGUGUGAAAUGUUGCUAUAGAAAUGUGUUCUAUCUGUUUUCUUGCUUUUGCCAUGCCGUGGGUAAGCCUGCAGGUGUAGCUGACAAAGGGUGGAGUACUGUGAAUAAUGCCACGGCUCCGCCAGGAAUGUGCCCCAUUCCGGACACAGGCCUCCUAAUGGGGCUGUCUAGCUCUGCAUUCGGGAGAGGAAUAUACUCGGGAGACACAUGGAUCUAAUGGAGUUAUUAGUAUAUGCUCAGAAAUUAACAGUAGUAACAAUCGUGAAAUAUUUACACUUUUCUCCAGUUUUGAGGCUGAAAGUGUAGAUAUACUUGUAGCUAAGAAAUUGUGCUCAGUCCAAAACAGAAAAUUGACUUUAAAUUAAAAAUUGAUAUAUAUUUUGAUAAAUAAUUAAAUUUCUCUUCUACUUGAAAUGUAAAUGUACCUUAAGAUAAUUUUUCUUUCUUGGGAGAUUUGAACCAACUUUGUGGAAGCAGCAAGCAAACAAGGAAAGCAUCCCCCUAAGUGCUGUAAUGUACAUUCAUUAACUUUGUAGGAUAUAUCUGAGAAGCUCAUUUAUGUCAGAAUUUUGUUAGUUUUACGUAAAAGUAGUAGGCUGUGUGAAGUGAGUAAUCUCCUCUGGUCUGCUUUAUCGACUUGUGUAGUGAUUUUACGGCUUGCUACGACGGACGUGUGGAUGCAUUUGGGUUCCAUGCCAUCUCUCUACGACUGCUCACUCUUUCUUCAGCACCUUCUGUGUCUUCUGAGUUGUGUCUUCAGUGCGUGCUGGAGUGACUGGAAGUGCAAACAGACCAAAAGGAUUUUGCUCUUGUGAUUUUUAAAAGUUCUGUCAGCAGGUUUGUGGAUGAAGGAUGGCUGCAUAGUAAAUCAGAUCAUUAUCUUCUUUAUUUAACAUACACCUGAUGUAUGAAUCUAAUAAAUGUCACGGUAGCUCCACUUUGUCUGUCUUUUACUGUGCAGUUGUAGAACAAACAAGCUUUUGAGCAGAAAAAAUAAAAGCGUAAAUUAGAGGUUAACCCAUGACCAGCCAUCUAUCUAUGCUUAGGUAAUGAAACCAGCAUCUAGAUGUCAUGAUAUUGAAUACAGUGCUGUACAGUGUAUGAAUAUAAAAAGGUGGUCAAACUAUA